CUCCCCUCAGCAACACAAGUGCACUCAAACAUUCUCUUAGCUUUUUAACCUCUUCACACCUCAAAAAUGGCCAAACUUGCUAUCACCGCCAACACACUCAAAGGCUUCUUCUGCCUCGUGCUCCUAGCAAUCACCAUUGGGUGCGCCAACUCUGCCAGGAUCCUUGACGAAGUGGACCCACAACCCCCAAUCCUCCCGUACCCACCCCAAUCUACCAAUCCCACAGCAACACCUGUCCCAGAUGUAACUCCACAGGUUGGUCCCACCACCGCAAUAUUGCCAAGUGGCCAAAUCCCUGCCUCCACUGUGGCUAAUGACGUUGAAGUUGACGUUGAUGUGGCACCGGUAGCUAGUCCAGAUGUCGAGCCAGAUGUUGACUCGCCACAACCUGAGCCCGUUGAGCCAAUUGUCGAUUCGCCACAACCCGAGCCAGAAGAACCUGAUACUGUGCCAACCCCUGUGACUCCUGUAGUUGGUCCCACCAUCCCAGCACCAACUGGCCCAGUUGCCCCGGUGGCUACCACCGCCGGUGCUACGUUGGCAAAACCUGGCGGCCCACAAGCCUCUGGGUUGACCUUCUUCAUGCAUGACAUCCUAGGUGGCAUACACCCAUCAGCCAGGGUGGUCACUGGGAUCAUAGCCAAUACCCAAAUCAACGGCCUCCCUUUUACCACACCCAACAACGACAUCUUCCCAGUCAGCGGUGGGGUCCCACUGAGCAACGCAAACCUCAACGGUAUCCUCAACAACAACAACCUGCCCUACCUCGCGGGACUCAACGGCGUUGGCCCCCAAGCCUCCACCGUCAUCCAGAACAGCGGCAACAACGGCAUCGUCAAUGGCGGAAACAACCUGCCUUUCGUAACCGCCGGUCAGUUGCCAUCGGGUGCCACGCUCCAGAAGCUAAUGUUUGGGUCACUGACGGUGAUCGACGACGAAUUGACGGAGGGUCACGUGCUGGGUUCCGCUGUGGUUGGCAAAGCGCAAGGGUUUUACUUGGCGAGCUCGUUGGAUGGGACGAGCCAGACAAUGGCGGUGACUGUGUUGCUGCACGGUGCUGGUCAGCAUGAGGUGGUGGAGGAUACGAUCAGCUUCUUUGGGGUGCAUCGGACAGCGUCGCUGGAGUCUCAGAUUGCGGUGGUUGGCGGAACCGGGAAGUACGAGAACGCUAAAGGGUAUGCUACGGUGGAGACGCUUCAUUUGGAGGAUCAGCACACUACGGACGGCGUGGACACAAUCCUGCAGUUCAGUGUUUACCUUUCUGAGUAGUACACUCAACUGUGCAGUGUUUGUGCUUUUGGGUUGGGUGAUUAUGAUUUACCUGGUGAUUGUAGUGGGUGUGCCUAUUUCAGUGCCUAUUUCAGUGUCUCUUUGAUGUAUCUUUCUAGUAUGUGAAAUUUGAAUGAAAAAAAAACACUCUUUAUUGAGUUUUAUUCUCAUAA